AUGCGGCGGAAGCUGGAGGCGCAGGACUACCUGGGCGUGAUCGAGGCCAUGCGGGCGUCGUCCCGCGCGCCCCCUCGUCUUUCGGGAGGGGCUGCUGCUGUUGCGAAGCAGGAGGUGGGACGGGGCGACGGCGGGGUGGGAUGGGCGCCUACGGAAGAGACGUACGGCCUGGCGCUGGAGGCGUGCGGGAAGGUUCGAAAGCGGUGGGGUUUCAAGGCGCCCUUGUUCUUGAUCCAGGAGAUGCGGGACGUUAAUCUGGAGAUCUCCCUGGUGCACUACCGGGGGGCGGUGACGGCGUGCGCGCUCACGAGGCAGCUGUCCGGGGUGCUCCCCCUGCUGGACGAGAUGAGGGAUCGCGGCGUGGCCGCGGACGUGGUCAAGCGGGCUCUAGGCUUGGUGCAGAUGAUGCGCUCGGAGGGGCUUGCUCCGACGGCGAUCACGUACAAUGUGCUGCUGCGCUUGUGUGGGCUUGGCGGGUGCUGGGCCACGGGGCUGGAGCUGAUGGGCAUGAUGGAGGACGAGGGGAUAACGCCCAACCCGUACCACUACAACUCCAUGUUCAUGGCCCUAGAGCGCGGGGAGCGGUGGAGAGAAGCCGCCGAACUGUUCCGCAAGAUGCGCGCAUGCGGUACCAGACCCAACGCGCUGACGUACGCGCCGCUGAUAGGGGUGAUGGACCGCUGCAACAAGCAAGAUAUGGCUGGCGCGGUGCUGAAGGAGAUGCUGCGGGAGAGCCCCAGGGACUCGACGCGGGAGUAUAACCUGCUGCUUAACGCGUGCGCGAAGGCCCGGAAGUGGGAGCACGCGCAGUUAGUCUUCGAGGACAUGAAGAAGAAGGCGGGCGUGAAGCCGGACAACGUCACGUACAACACGGUCAUCAACGCGCUCGGCCGAUGCGGCAGGGUCAAGGAGGCGACGGUGCACCUGCACGCCAUGAAGGAGCAGGGGCUAAGCCCGGACGUGGUGACGUUCGGCACCCUCAUACACGCCUGCGCGCAGAGCGCCAAGAGGGAGCCGGCGCUGGCGCUGUUUGCGGAACUGGUCAGCCGCGGGUUGAAGCCCAAUCUGGAGGCUUACAAGGGUUGCAUCGUCUCGUGCCAUAAGACCGGACACUAUCAGCAGGGGCUGGACUUGUUCAACCGCAUGUUGGCAGAUAAAGUGAGGAUGGACAGGGUGGUGUUCAACACAGCCAUCGCAUGCUGCGCGCAGCUCAAGCUUUGGAGACGAGGGGUGGCGAUGUUGGACGAGAUGCGCGAGAGGAAGGUGGCCCCUGACCAGUACAGCUACAACAGUGCCAUCUACGGCUGCGUCAAGGCGCAGCAGUCGCAGCAGAUGACCAUGGUGCUCGCGCGCAUGCGUGAGGAUGGCUUCGACCCAGACGUGUGGACCUACUCCAACCUCAUCCGCUGCCUUGCGGAUUCGAUGCUGUGGCGGAGGGCGGUGGGCAUCCUGGACGACAUGCUGCUCGAGGGCCGGGUGCAGCCGGACGCGCACUGCUUCAACGCGGCCGUCAGAGCCUGCUCCAAGGUUGGAGAGUGGGCGGAGGCGGAGCGGCUGGUGACGGGAAUGCGGGGACAGGGGCUGGCGCCGGACAAAUACACGUACAACUCUCUCAUAUACGCGUACGGAAACUCGGGCGAGUGGGAGAAAGCCCUGUCCAUGCUUGAAGAGAUUCGCGCGGCCGGUUUCAAGGUCAACUGCAUGGCCUACAGCGCCGCCAUCAAGGCGUGCGACAAGGCUUUCCAGUGGGAGAGGGCCCUGGAGCUGCUGGACAGGAUGGUGGAGAGGGGCGGGGUCAAGCCCAACCUCUUCGCCUACAACCACGCCAUGUCCGCCUGCGUCCGUUUUUCUCCUCCUUAUUCGAGGCGGAAAGAGCUCCACGGAGAGGGUGGGGGACAGGGUGCCGUCUCGCCCACUUCGUUUUGCGUACCAGCCAAUCUCCCUGUUUUCGAGGCGGGCAUCCCCGGAGACUGGUACAGCAACCACGCCCUGCUUGAGGCGCUCGGCCGGGGGGGGAGGUGGGAGGAGGCCGUGAAGACGUUCGAGGACAAGAAGAGGCAGGCCGACCGCCCCCCGGAGCAGACUUGCUACAAGACAAUGCUCCGGGUGUGCGAGAGGGCGGGCUUCGCCUGUCAGGCCGUGGAGUACCUCAAGGAGAUGCCCGCCGCGGGCGUCCCGCCGACCCUCUCGCACUUCAAGCAGGCCUUGAAGGCUUGCGAGAGGGCGACGAGCAGAGGUCUCACCGGCGGCAGGGGCGACCGUAGCACCAGCGCUAGCAGCAGGAGCAGCGGCAGUGCUGCAUCGUCGUCGUCAUUGUCGGGGGAAGGCGGCGGCAGGCACGGGUGGGAGUCGGGCGUGGCCGCUGCGGUUGCCGCGGUGCCCGUGAUCUUGGAGCUCGUCAGGGAGAUGACGGGCUUGAGCCCGGACGACGAUUGCUACUCCUCCGCCAUGAGGGCUUGCCAAAACGCCGGGAUGGGAGACGCGGGCUCGGAGUUGAUGGACGACUUGCAGGCCCAGUCCGCCGUGAGGCGGAUGGUUGGGGGGGGAGGCGGCGGCGGCGGCCAGGACGGUAACCGCGGCGACGACGCUCCUCUCAACGGGGACGGGUUGUAA